UCCCCUGUAAAAUGGCUUAUGCCAUUAGGAAGUGGGUCUUUGUUCAAGCACCCACGUCACACGAACUGCCAAGACUUGUUUGGGUGUCCAUUUAAGAGAGGAAUGAACAGGUCACAGAUACAGCUCUGUCCUUUCCACUUUCAAUAUUCCCCUGUGAAUUCUGCCUGUCUUCUUUAUGUUCAAUAUUAUAGUUCCUUUUUCCUUAUAAACGUUUCUCUUCUCUCACCUCUUACUAGAAUUUCAGUCAUACUGCAUGUUAAUACUUUGUUCAGAGAGGCAACGUGUUGGCAGGGCAGGGCAGGAACAGUCUCUUUCCAGAUGGCAUUGGAAUGACCACACGCAACGUUAGCAUGGUCCUUUCCUAGCACCUUGUGCCACAGAGCAGACAAGUGCAGAGCAAAGAAGUUAAAUAGCGCCUGAUGAAGAGUCAAGAGAAACUCAACUUGAAAGAAGUGCCUGCUGGGGUGUGUGCAGAAGAAUGGCUGCGGCAGAACCUCUGACCGCUUUCUCCCGAUGGUACCUCUAUGCCAUUCACGGCUAUUUCUGUGAGGUGAUGUUCACGGCUGCCUGGGAUUUUGUGGUCAACUUUAAUUGGAAGUUUCCAGGCGUUACCAGUGUGUGGGCACUCUUCAUCUAUGGCACCUCCAUCCUCAUUGUGGAGAAGAUGUAUCUAUAUCUCAAAGACAAGUGUAACAUUUUAGUGCGCUGCUUCAUUUACACACUUUGGACAUACCUCUGGGAGUUCACCACCGGCCUCAUCCUACGCCAGUUCAAUGCCUGCCCAUGGGACUAUUCCCAGUUUGAUUUUGACUUCAUGGGCCUGAUCACCCUGGAGUAUGCUAUCCCAUGGUUUUGUGCUUCUUUCAUUAUGGAGCAGCUGGUGAUCAGAAACACCCUGCGCUUACGAUUUGAUGAGACUGCUGAGCCGGGGGCCCCCACUGUCCCCAUUGCCUUGGCCAACGGCCACGUGAAGACUGAUUGAGUAGUGACUCAGAACCACACUUAGUAAUCUGAGAGAGCCCAGACCUCUACCACAGACUGUCAGCUCUGGCUCCGAGGUACUGCUCCUUGCUGUAUGAUAAGAUUCAUAAACCCCAUUUUUCUAAUGGGGGUGUGCAUGGGAUAUACCAGAGAAAAAAAAAAAAGGAACCAAUAGAUUUUCUAUGGAUUUUACUCUUUGGGCUCCAAGGACCAAUAUCAGUUACUUGUUAGUUAGGUCAUUUCUGAUUUUAACUUAUUACAGGUGAAAGCAGUCCUUUUGCUUACACUUUUAUGUGGAGAAAGAAGAAAAAGAAAUGCUACGGUGGAAGUGCAUACAAAAAGAGAAAAGCUAAUUAGCGGAUGGGCAUGGACACGCCAGCUAAGUUAGUGAUUGGCUUACUCCAUUAGGCAAUAUUCAGGUGCUUGCUUGCAACCAAUACCUCCCGUGGGACCUGAGAUGCUGCAGGAACAAGGAAAAUCCAGCUGCUGUUGAGAAGAACCUAGGACUGGCAGUUUGCUGGGGAGGUAGAUGGUGUUUCCCUCGUGAGGUCCCAUUGGCCUCUCCCCAGGUUCUUUGUUGCACCAUGAAAUAAUUUGGUGCUGGACAUCUUGCUGAAUUUAUACAGAUCUCGUACUCUUUGAAAUCUCAGUCCUGAUACUCACUAGAAUUUUUUUUUUUGUUAAUAAAGGCCUUUUUUGCCGAGUGAAUUUUACCAUAAUCUGUGCAAUCUGAAUCUUGGCAAAAGGCUCAAGAAAUAGCGUAAGUCUUCCCAUCUCCUCUGUCCCCCCAAAGCAGACCUUGCCUGAAGGUCUGUUGCAGAUUCCAGCUCCCAUCUCAGCUGUGCAAACCUUGUCGAGACCAUACAGGCCACAAGAGUUUUCUGCCUUCCUUCCCAGGGAUCCUCUGUUUCUGGUGAUGUUGAUGACUUAGUCUGGCUGCAGCCCAUUGUAUUUGAAAGUCAAAACCUUCAUGUGGCUAACAUGGUAUCCAGGAUUCGGUCCUCUGGCACUGACUCUCACCUUCCUUCAGCACUGGCAGGUCUCGGCUCAGUUCUGCCCAGUGUUCUCCUCAGUGUGUCAAGAGGAUUUGCUUUUUCUUCCCAAAUUCUGCUUUAAAUAACCACAGCCAUAUUGUCAAAACAAUAAUUGGAGGUAGCAAGAGAUAUGCCAUGCUGCCUGAUACAUUAUUUAAAUAAAAACAAAAAAAAAUCCCUCUCUGAAGGGCACUUCUUCAUGCUCUGCCUGAGUGAGACUUCAAGUUAAGAGUGCAAGAGCAGCAGCAGAGAUGUGGAGCAGGAGGGAGUGCUGUGGUCCAUUGCAGAACUACCUGCACCAGGGACAAUCUGAAAUUUAACCUACUGGGGACAUUCAAGGAAUAUAGGGAGAGUUGUAGUGCUGGGAAAGUGCUUGAUAGUGGCAGCCACAGGUUCAUAAUUCAUUCUGGCAAGUCUUGGCUUUCGAAGUUAGCAACAAACGUGGAGCUUCCAUCUGUCAGAUGUAUCUCACUCCAGACUAUCUCACUCCAGACUGGUUUAUGGGGGAGGCUUGCUGUAGUUGCCCUGCAGGGCCAGGUUAAUUUUAGGUGUUCUUCCACCAUAGUCAACAGAGCUGCGCCAGGGAUCAAUUUGGCUUGAAAUGCAAACAUGUGGGUGUGGUUGUGGGAUUCCGCUCUUGCAUUGAGAAUAGCCAGGCUACUUCUGUGCGGGUUCCCUGUUUCUGGUAGGGGGUGCUCAGCUGUGAACCUGCUCCUUGCCCUGGGACGUCCAUUCCUGAGGAGAAAAGCACUCUGACCCUGUGAGGAGAAUUGCUUGUUGGUUCUGCUGUUAUGAAGGCAGUGUUAAACCUUUGUGUAUCACACAGAGUGCAAUUAUUUUAUUCCUCCCCCCCCCCUUUCUCAUACGGCAUCCAUUGCUGGCAAUGGACACAUGAAAACGCUGGCGGCAAGGAGUUAAUAAAAUCUGCCGCAGGGUAUGCAAUGUCUCCUGAAGCACCCAGAAUACUUAGGUGGGUAUUUAGAGUUCCCUUUUUAUAGCUCAUUAAAUUAAAAGAGAACAAACACUAAACAGAUUUUUUUCCCUGCUGUGAUGCCAGUAUUAUGAAAUCAGAGGAACAGUAUGUAGUUUAUCAGCCUUGAUGGUCUUGGGCAUGUAGACCCAGGGAAAAUAGUCACCUGACACUAUAUAUGGGGGGAAAAAAGAGAUGAGAUUUGUACGUGGGAUAGUGUAGAUGAGCUCUACUGGACCAGAACAAGAAUUGCAAGGUGUGGUUGAGAGUUGGGAUCUCUCUAUUUUGGUUCUGAUUCUGUCAGGGUCGCUGAACACAGUGUCUAAAGCUGGGUUGUCCUGUCACAGUAUAGCUUAAGUGUGGUGUCGUGCUACCUCCUACACCACCCCUGCAUCAUCUGAAACCCUCAGCUUCACAGAAACAUCCUUAGGAUCCCUGCUUUCUCCUUAGCUGUUACAAAACUCUUUAAAAAGCUUAAAAGGAGUUAGCAACGUGGUUUGGUGACUCCCAGCUGCAGCUGGGACUGGUGGAGGAGGAGCGGCUGUCCACAGAACUAACUUAGUGCACAGUAACAGUCAUAUGUCUUGACUUUAGAAGGUGCCUGCUAAAUGACACUGGUUUUGCUCAGUGAUGUAAUAUUUAGAUGAUCAAACUACAGAGGGGUUUCCCAGCAGCAUCUAGUAUCUUAUUCCAUUAUCCUUAUUGCCUGUGCCAUUGUAACAGCUAUGGUAGUCUGCUUUCCACUGGUGUUCGACAUGUACCACCCAGCUACUGUGUCCUCAUAGAGCGGUAAUUUACACCCAGAAGUGCACUUUACUUGCAGCUUGCACACCAGAAACAGAAAGGGACCCAGCAAAUUCUUAAAUCAAUUAAAAUAAUUAUACAUAAUACUAUGUACUAAUGCAGCAGGAUUAGCCAGACUUCUAUCUGAGCAACGUGGCUAUAGUCAGACCUUUGUCUUUUCUGCAAAACCUCCCUUUUUAAUACAUGUGAUGCUUCUUAUAACAUCCUACAGAAGUGCCCAGAGCACGUUACUGGGGUCUCAGUGGCAGCUCAGCAAGAGCUUGGGAGCUGGACUGAAGUUGUAGAGACAUUUCCGUUAAGAAGGAAAAAAAAAACGCACAAGGCCUAACAUUUGUUUGUAUGUGUAUCUUCCUCAGUAGAUUAAAGUUGCCUGUUUUGAGUUCACCAGCAAUAAAAAAAUCUUGUGAUU